AUGCCAUCACCGCCUUCUACACCCCGUCAAACCGUUCAGGAAACACUUUCAUCCCAGUACCUUCGAAACCGUCGUUUAGCACCCGACUUUCUUGAAAAGUAUGCGCUCGGUCAGGAACUCGGCAGCGGUGGAUUUGGCUUUGUUCUGUCUGCAUACGAACGCUAUACCGGGAUCGAGCGUGCAGUCAAGUUUAUCUUCCGUGACAAAGUGCCGGCCAGUGCCUGGAUUAGAGAUCGCCAGAUGGGUCCCAUCCCAAUGGAAAUCUAUGUGCUCAAGCAUGUUCGCCAUCCUAAUAUGAUCCAAUAUAUCGACUCUUAUCAGGAUGACAGCUUCUUCUAUCUUCCAGAUGCCAUCUUUGGCCGUCGCUCGUCUUGUGAUCUAUUUGAGUGCAUUGAGCAGCAUCAGAACUUUGAUGAGCCUCUAGCAAAGAACAUCUUCCGACAGAUUGCAAGCUGUGUGGCACAACUGGACAAACUGGGAAUCUGCCACCGGGACAUCAAAGACGAGAAUAUUGUGAUUGACAGAAACUACCAGGUCAAGCUGAUUGAUUUCGGUUCGGCCGUGAUCCUGCCUCGUCACUAUGGAGAUAACAGACCGUGCUUGUUCACAAAGUUCUAUGGAACUGUAUCCUUUGCAUCUCCCGAAAUCCUACAAUGCCAGCCGUAUCUUGCCGAGCCUGCCGAGGUCUGGUCCCUUGGCGUGCUUCUUUACACAAUUCUGUUUGGCGAGGUUCCCUUCCAUGGCCCCCACAUGACACUCACCGGUCGAUUUGCUCAACCCAAGAUCAAUGUAUCAGAGAAAUGCAUGCAUUUGGUUAAGUCUAUGCUUGAAAUAUCACCCGCAAAACGACCCUCGAUCCACCAAAUCCUUACCCACCCAUGGCUCGCAGACUUCUAAGCAACCAGACCACCAACUCGAUACACCCAC